CACUGGCCAGUCCACUUCUCUCUCUCAACCACUGGCAAUCAUACAUGCGCAUCUGCUUUACUACUCGGUUCCAACUGAGCUCGAUCUUUCUGCUCGACCAGCACGGCAGCAGCAGGGCAGUUACCCCUGAUUACCAGAUGGACAGUGCCGCAAGGAUAUAUGAUAUGUACGAGACGAUGCUGGAGAAUAUGCUGAAGUAUCCAAGUGAACCAGCAGAGUCUCUGCCACUGGAAUUCUUGAAAGCCAUCACGGAUAAUUUCUCCAAUGACCGUAUAAUCGGUAGGGGUGGCUUUGGAGAGGUUUACAAGGGAAUUCUACGGAGCGGGAAAGUAAUUGCAGUAAAGAAGAUAUAUGAUAGGUAUCACGUUGACAAGGACAACUAUUUGGACGAGCUCCGCAAUGUUUUGGGGAUCAUGCACCCAAAUGUGGUACAGCUCAUAGGUUACUGUGCUGAGACUAAGAUGGAUACAAGGACACACGGUGGGAAGCUGAUUGUGGCGGAAAUACGCUCACGGUUGCUCUGCUUCGAGUAUAUUAGCAAUGGAGGCCUCGACAUGUAUAUUUCCAAAGAAUAUAUGGACCUUGGCUGGGACGAGAUAUGCAUGAUAAUUAAGGGGAUUUGUAGUGGCUUAGAUGCCCUUCACGAGGAAAAAAUUGUUCAUCUGGACCUUAAGCCACAGAAUAUAUUGAUGGAUGGUAACAUGAUGCCCAAAAUUGUCGACUUUGGCUUGGCAAGGCUCUUGGGCAAAAAUAAAUCAAAAACAUACACUGAGAGGGUGACAGGAACAACCGGAUACAUGGCACCGGAAUAUUUUAAUGAUGGCAAAAUCUCUACCAAGGCAGAUAUAUUCAGUUUGGGUGUUAUAAUGAUUGAGUUAAUGACAGGUAGUAGGAAUUAUCCCCGGAGCAUGCCACAUUAUUAUUAUUCCUACACCUCGUAUGGGAAUACACUCGAUACUACCCAAGCACAGCUAGAGGAAUUCUCCGGGACUGUGCUUGAAAAAUGGAAGAAAAUAUUUCAAAAAACACUGAAGGAUGCAUCACUCGUUGAAGUUUCUACCAAUCAAUUGAAGCAACUGAUUGCUAUAGCCCUAAAAUGUGUGGACAGUGACCUAAAUAAAAGACCUAAUGCAGCAGAUAUACUUCAAAUUUUUUCUCGUAAUGAAGCAGGACAAAGCUCAUGCGAUCCAUGUUGCAAAUAUAGCCAGGUUAGAGAUCUCGUCAGCGUGCAGCCCACCGAACUCAAAAUACACAUGGCAGAUCCAAACAAGUUGUACCGCUCGUCAUGCUUGCUGCACCUAAACAAUAACACACUUGGACAUGUCGCCUUCAGGAUCCUAUCCAAUACUCUAGCGCGGCACUUCAUUUGGCCGAAAUUUGGUUUCGUGCCUCCCGGGUGCAGGUACACUGUUGCUGUCACAAUGCGCUACCAGCAAAAUCCACCGCCCAGCGAAGACCUGGUUUUUACACUGGAGAGCACCAGAGCGAGUGAUCAGGAAAUAAAGAACGUUAUUUCAAGGCAUUUAAUUUAUGACCACGAUGAUUUCUUUGCGAAAGCUAAAGAUAAGGGCCGUCAGGUUCACGAGGAAAAAUUAACUCCUGUUUACUCAAAUAAUGAGCUUGCAAUCGAGAUAGUACCCCUCGAAAUGUCUGAUUAUAUGACGACUACCAUAGACGCGCAUCCAACGGAGCCAUGGAUUCUGAUCAUUCGUAGCUCAAUUAUCAUCUGGGACUACAACACGCAGGAGAUGGCACACCUCCCACCUCGCAGAGAACAAAAACAGGUGUCUUCCGGCAGAUUUCGUGGUUCAAUCACACCUUUAGUUGCAAAGUUUAUUGCACAAAAGAAUUGGAUAGUAGUCGGAUGUUCAUUUGGUUACAUAAAAGUGUACAAAUAUUGCAAGCAGGCUUUAUUUUCUGAAAUAAAGAGCUUUAAAGCUCAUGAAUAUGGUGGCAUAAGCUCUUUGGAACUCCAUCGAACUGGGCCUUAUGUGCUAUCGGCAGUUGAAGCUGAGGGACAUUCUGCGCCCAUGUGGGACAACCCAAUGGACAAGAUAAAGAUGUGGGACUGGGAAAACGGCUGGAAAUUGAUUUGCACAUUCAACACAGAAAAGUAUACAUAUCAAAUCAAAUUUAACCCAAUGGACCUAAAUAUGUUUGCUACUAUUUCUGGUGGGGUAAAGGUCUGGAAUAUCUGUUCUCCAGAUUCUGUAUCCGAAUUACGUCGGACUCAUCCGACACGUUUGGAUUUCUUUUCACGAGAUGGCGCACCGCACAUGAUUUUUGCCGACCAGUCCAAUAGGAGGAAGCCCACGAUAUGGGAUUGCCAAAACAUGAAGUGUGUUUCAACGCUGAAAGAGCAUUUAGCUGAUGUUACUGUGGUAUUUUCCCAUCCUGAACUUCCAGUACUCGUGACAGGAUCACAUGACGGGACAAUUCGUCUAUGGAACUCUAGUACUUUCAGUCUUCUAGGUGUACUAAACUGUGGCCUCGGCACUGUACUGGCUAUAACAAGUUUGAAGGGGUCAAGAAGGAUUGCUAUCUUACAUUAUGGUGGAUUGGCAAUUGCUGAAAUUGACACUGAGCAAUCGGUUGCUAUAGUAUGAGGCAGACCAUUCGAGUCGGAGACAAGCUUGACUGUAUAAAGACAUCUAUAUUUUACACUUUCUACUCGUGCAAUUUCUGGGUUGUUUGCAGAUUUGGCUUCAGUGCUUGUUUAUCGUUGCUCCCAUGUUCACUAUUUGAGCUUCAUGCAUCUAAUAAAAUUAUGUCUAUAAGACCUAUUUUAUACUUUUUUUCAACCCACGCAUGUGAUGGGGAGUCAUUACGUACAAAAAUUUCCGUGUCUAUGAUUUGAGUUGUAAAUUUUUAUGUGGGGCUAUUUUGUGUCUCUGAUGCAUGGUAAAAUGUGUCUGCAGUUAACUUUUACGUA